AUGCAACCAAUAAAGCAUUCCAUAGCUUCAUUGCUUGCUCCUACAGUACUCCAAGCGAAUCAUCAAACAGUCACCAGUCAACCAGUCAUCAAUGGGUAUUCUAUUGCUGCAUUGCUUGCUCCUACAGUACCCCAUGUUAACAACCAAUUGGUUAACUGCCAACAAGUCGUCAAUGAUAUUUCUGAAAGAAAUCAAGAAAGCGAUGAGCAGUUUUAUGAAAGAAUGCGGAGCAGAUGUCUUGCUAUAUUAGCAGCGCGUGAUUACGAUUUGUCGGGAUUAGACUGGCCACCCGGACUCACUCAGCAGCUUUUCUUGGUACAACUGAUCGCUGGUGCACACAAAAAUGAAGUAAUGAAGAAUGAAAAGUUAGAAACAGAAAACCAAGUCUCGGAAGCCCAGAAAUACAGAUGUGUUUAUUGCGGUGGAGAAUUCAAUGAUCAAAAACGAUUCAGUCGUCAUUUGAGGAAGCACACCGACAUACGUCCGUUCCUUUGCGAGAUCUGCCCAUCCACAUUCAGAAACAACUACGAUCUCACAAAACACCGAAAAUCACACAUUGCACGACAACAUCAUUGUGUUGCUUGUAAAUUCCGUUUCAAAACUUCUUCCGAGCUAGAGAGUCACAUGAAUGCAUAUAAGGAUUUGCACGGAACAAAAAACCCGAUCACAAAGAGGUUUGAUUGCAAACGAUGUGGUAGAUCAUUCACGAGACUGAGCAGCUUGAAAUAUCACAUGCAACAUUCUAGAGUGUGUAGAGAAGAAUCGGUGAAAGGAGUUCUGAACACAGUGAACAUAGCGACAUAG